AUGGCCAAAUUAUCCUGGGGCCACAUCAAUGUGAAUGUGACCAGGCUGGAGGAUUCAAUCGCUUUUUAUGAGUUAUUGGGCUUCAGCGUCCUGAUGCCGGGCAUUCCCUACCUCAAUCUGAAUCAGGCCGAACCGGAGAUACUCAACCCAGAAGCCGCGGUUGCCCUUGACGUGCCCCUGGAAACCACAGGCCGCGCCUGCAUCAUGCAAUUGGAUCGUGGCUUUCCCAAGCUGGAUCUCAUCGAGUGGCGAGACACAGGGGCAAAGACCGCUGCACCUCUGCUGAAUCAGGAUAAGGGCAUUGUCAGAAUGUGCCUGGCCAGCCAGAACCUGGACCAAGAUUACAAAGAAUUAGUUGAGGCUGGUGUGCCGUUUUUCUCAGCACCGAAGCGCACCGAAGAAGGCAAAGCAGACAUCGCAAUCUGUCUGGACCCAGAUGGCACGCUCAUCGAGAUCAUUCAGAUCUAUCCGGAUUGCCGCCGCUGGAUAAAGGAAGUGCUACCUGACAGAGCGACUGGUAUCUUUGUUGCCGAUUCUCAGGAGAACUCAAUGAGCACAGCAGUCGAAAAAUUCUUUUCCGCGUGGGCCGAACAGGAUGCCGCCACUCGAGAUGCACAGAUUGAUAGCACUUUGGGGGCAAGUAUUUUUUACGCCGACCCACGAACCGAAACGCCUUUGUCUGAUGCCGGCGAGGUCAAAGAAUAUGUUGGCAUGUUCUCAAGGAUGGCGCCGGGGAUGCCAGUAUCCGUUGUGGGCACCAGCUCUACUUUAAAUUUCAUCCGCGCAACCGUCCGGUUUGGCGAAGGAGAUCAGAGUCAGCUUGGUCAAUACGUCAUCGAUCUGGAUGCCGCGGGUCAGAUUACUCAAAUGGUCGGCUUUGUUGGUGUGACAGAUGCAGUAGAUGCCAGAUACAGCAAUGCUGCAUCACAGUUUCUCGCGCUUGGUGACAACGGCCGUGUACAUUUUCGCGACCAGGGCAACGCUGAUGGGCAGCCAGUUGUACUGGUGCAUGGCUCUAACGCAUCCCUGCACACCUGGGAGCCGUGGGUUGAUUUGUUAGGCGAUAAGUAUCGCGUCAUUUCUCUGGAUUUGCCCGGCCAUGGCUUGACCGGACGAACACCCGCCGAUGACUAUUCAACGGAGACCUUUGUCGCCGUGGUUAAGGCGCUGGCGGAACACCUCAACCUUGGACCGUUUGUAUUAGGCGGCAAUUCCAUGGGCGGCGGCGUCACCUGGCGCUACACCCUGGCAUACCCUGAUGACGUACUGGCUAUGAUUCUGGUGGAUGCAUCAGGCCUGCCUGCGUGGCGCGAAACAGCCGUGCAGAGUGCGGAAGACACAGAAGAGCGCGAAGCGCCGCUGGCUUUCAGCCUGCUGCGCAAGCCCUGGUUUCAGGGCAUUGCCCGUUACAUCGAUCCUUACUUUCUCGUGGCGCAAGGGUUAAAAGCUUCCCACUUUGAUCCUGAAUUUGUCGACGAUGAGCUGAUCGCCCGAUACUACGAACUGUCCAUGCGCGAAGGCACCCGUGACGCAACGCUGAUAAGAUUUUCUUCCUGGCGCUGCCCAAUGCAGAACUGA